UUUUGGCGCCGAAUACCCCGCAGCUGAUUGGUCUAAACCCUAGCGCGGGAGUUGUUGCUCUGAGGGUGUUUUAUUUUGGAUGUGCCGUCAGAAGACAUAAAAGUCUGUAUUAUUGUCUAAAGUUUCAUCGUCGGUGUAAGGAAGGAAGGCUUUGACGACAUCAACAUGCAGCGCAGCAUCGCAUCCUUCUUUCAGCCCAAGGCAAAGGACACGGAUGUCCAGAAGAAAGCCAAUGUUGAACCAGUGAAAAAGACUUUCAAAAGCCCUCUCAAGGUCCAGAAUGGCGUCCAGGAAGCGGAUUCGCCCGUCAAGAAGGCUGCAAAGCGCAGCCGGCAGAUUUUUGACAGUGACGAAGACGAAGCGCCAAAGGUGAAAGAGCAAGUAAACACCAAGAAAAGAGAGCAAAAGGUUUCAGAAAAGGAUGACAUGUUUAAGGCGAUUCCCACCCCGCUGUCUCCACCGCCGCCACCUGUUACUCCCGUCACGCCGGCCUCCUCCAUGUCACCCAGCACCCCCAACUCCACGUCGCCCUCCCCUGGUACUGUUGUCAAGCGCAGGACAGCUAGGAAGACGUUACCCAAGAGGAAGCUUGACGAGAGCCUCAACGACAGCCAGGACGAUGGCGCGGAAACCAAGGCAGCCAAGGGUCAGCAAAGCAAACGAGCCCGUGUGGGGGACGACGCAGGCGAAGUGGAGGUGGAGGAGGAUGCCAAGGAAGAAAAUAUUAAAAAGGAGGUGAGCGAGGAGGCGAGAGCAGAGCAAGAAGAGGAAGAGGCCAAGAGCGGAGAUGAAACAGUUAAGGAGGCGGAAAAUAAUCCCAAAGAUGGCAUACAUGAGGAGAAAACCCCUGAUACUGAUGAAGAGAAGAUGAGUGAUGAAAAGGACACAGAAGUGCCAGAGAAGCACCCUAAAGUGGAGGCCAAGAAAGCACCAAUCAGCAGCUUCUUUGCUCCCAGGAAAGCUGCAGUGAAGACAGAGAAAUCUCAGAAGAAUGAAGGCGAGAAGAAGAAGCCUUCAGUCGAGGACUCAAAAAAGGAGUCAACUACGACCGAGACCGACUACGAUCCGUCCAGACCCAACUACCACCCUGUGAACCACGCCUGCUGGAAACAGGGUCACAAAGUGCCCUACCUUGCAGUCGCACGCACCUUCGAGAGGAUCGAAGAAGACUCCGGAAGACUGAGGAACAUCGAGACGCUGUCCAACCUGUUCCGCUCCGUGGUACUUCUCUCUCCAGACGACCUGCUGUGCUGCGUAUAUUUGUGUUUAAACCAGCUGGGUCCUGCCUACCUUGGGAUGGAACUUGGAGUUGGGGAGACGGUGCUGAUGAAAGCUGUUGCACAAGCGACUGGGCGACAGUUGGAUAAAAUCAAGUCAGAGGCCCAGGAGAAAGGAGACCUGGGCCUUGUGGCUGAGAGUUCCCGUAGUAACCAGCGGACCAUGUUCCAGCCGGCCAGUCUGACAGUAGGGGGUGUGUUUAAGAAACUGAAGGAAAUCGCCAGCAUGAGCGGAAACUCGGCCAUGAAUAAGAAAAUUGACAUCAUCAAAGGCCUUUUUGUGGCGUGCCGAUUCUCCGAGGCCCGCUACAUUGUCAGGUCGCUCGCAGGGAAGCUGAGAAUUGGAUUGGCCGAGCAGAGCGUCCUGUCAGCAUUGAGCCAAGCCGUGUGCCUGACUCCUCCCCCAAAAGAUUCUUCUCCCGCCGUGAUGGAUGCUGGAAAGGGGAUGAGUGCAGAGAGCCGACGUGCUUGGAUGGAAGAGAAGAGCCUCAUACUCAAGCAGACUUACUGCGAGAUGCCCAAUUACGACAUCCUCAUCCCCGUUCUGCUAAAAGAGGGAAUUGACCAGCUGCCCAAUCACUGCAAGCUCACUCCAGGCGUCCCACUAAGGCCCAUGUUGGCCCACCCCACCAAGGGAGUCGGCGAGGUGAUGAAGCGGUUCGAUGAGGCGGCGUUCACCUGCGAGUACAAAUACGACGGCGAGCGUGCACAGAUUCACAUUCUGGAGAGCGGAAAGGUUCACAUAUUCAGCCGCAACCAGGAGGACAACACCAGCAAGUACCCCGACAUCAUCUCCCGCAUCCCUAAGGUGAAGAAGGACUCUGUGAUUUCCUGUGUCCUGGACACAGAAGCGGUGGCCUGGGACCGCGAGAAGAAGCAGAUACAGCCCUUCCAGGUCCUCACCACUCGCAAGAGGAAGGAUGUGGACGCAGCCGAAAUCAAAGUCCAAGUGUGCGUGUACGCUUUUGACAUCCUCUACCUCAAUGGCGAGUCGCUGGUGCGCCUGCCGCUGUGUCAGCGCCGCGCUCUUUUGAGAGAGAACUUCACCGAAGUGGAAGGAGAAUUUUUGUUUGCCCGAUCCAUCGAUUCUGACAACACAGAUGCCAUUGCCGAGUUCCUGGAGCAGUCUGUCCGAGACUCUUGUGAAGGCCUGAUGGUGAAGACUCUGGAGAAGGAUGCCACCUAUGAAAUUGCCAAGCGUUCUCAUAACUGGCUCAAGCUAAAGAAGGACUACCUGGAAGGUGUAGGCGACACAGUGGACCUCUGCGUGAUUGGCGCCUACCUGGGAAAAGGCAAGAGGACCGGGAUGUACGGCGGCUUCCUGCUGGCCUGCUACGACGAAGACAACGAGGAGUUUCAGACGGUCUGCAAGAUCGGGACCGGCUUCAAGGAUGAAGAUCUGGAGCAGCACUACAAGUUUUUAAAGGAACACAUCCUACCUAAGCCCCGAGCCUAUUACCGCUUCGACCAAUCAGCCGAACCUGACGUGUGGCUGGAUGCAGUACAGGUGUGGGAGGUGAAGUGUGCCGACCUGUCCCUGUCACCCGUCUACAAGGCCGCCAUGGGAAUGGUGGAUCCGGUGAAGGGCAUCUCUCUCAGGUUCCCCCGUUUCCUUCACAUAAGAGACGACAAGAAGCCUGAGGACGCCACAACCGGAUCACAGAUAGCCGAUCUGUACAAGAAGCAGCAGCAGAUCCAGAACCAGGGAGACAAAGCGGACCCUGAGGACUACUACUGACUUGUGCACCAUGAAUAAAAUCACUCAUUGCUAUCAGCCGAAAUGUAAAUAUCUUUAUUUUUGUCAGCUUGAAUGAAAAUAAAGGCCUGUGCCACUUUUUAAAACACCUUAAA